AUAAAUAUAGGCGUAAAAAUAGCUAUAUCAGUUUGACAUUCUGACACGUACAUACGGUACAAUGUACAUUAUGUAGCAUUGUUUGUUUGUUUUUAUUUUUCAAAGUGGGGGCGACUUGUUUAAAACUCUUGUCAAGCAAUGCAAAAUAUAAUUAUAAUAAUUUGUGCUUUUGCCCGAACCUUGUAAAUGCUAAAUCGUGAACACAGGGGAAAGGGUUUUCAUUACCUGAAACUGCCUUAUUUUUUGUACUUGGGUUAAAUUCAUAAUGACAAGCUCUUAUAUUCGUCUCUCAUCUAGAAUUUUUUUUAACAAAAGCUCAAAUGAACCUUUUGGCAUUCACAGUGGAUAAUCCUGACAUUUUGUACUUCAAAAUUAAAUUUCUGAUAUAGUAAGAAAGUCUCCUUCCACUCUUACGCACACGUUCAAUUUUCAUUUUCGCCUUGCUAUCAAGAUUGGUCCUUUCACUUUGGUGUUCCGAAUGGCAAUGAAAAGACUGAACGGUGAGCGCACGCUGAAUGCUUUGUGAACGGUGAGCGCACGCUGAACGCAAAACUGUGAACGGAGAGCGCACGGUGAACGCACGCUGGGCAAACGGAAAAAUGGCGGCGCUUCCACCAGUGAUGGGGGACCUGCUGGAUUACUUUGAGGCUAGGAAUCACUCUCUGGACAAAGUAGACGUCAGCCACUCCCUGUGUCUGGACAGCAAGUUCACUUCCUGUAUCACCUUUAAUGGCAUCCCAAUCCUGCCACCUGUGAUGACACAAAGAAGGAGAGAGGAAAUGGCUGGAUAUCGCCGGCAGGCUCUCCAACGAGAGACUCGUCGAAGGUCAAAACAACGUGAGCAGUUAGUUGCCAAAGUACAAUCCAUUGUAGCUGAGGUAGAGAAGGAAUUUUCCUUAAAAUGCCGCACUCGAUUGCCACGGACGGCUAACAUUUCCCGACUCCUUGAGAAGCGAGCCAGAGGACAUUCAGAUUCCACUGGUUCCUCUCCAGUUGGGUCUGACAGUACUGCUUCAUCAAAGGUGUCUCCAGGACUAAAUUACCGACACUCCCCAACAGAACCUCCAAGAACAGAUGCAGGGCUCCAGGAUCAAUCUACAGGACAAGGAGUCAGUGUUAGUACAAAAAAGGAACUAACAGAGAGUCAAAGAUCUCAGGUCUCCAAAAAAGACGAAGAAACAAAUAAACCCUCACAGAAAAGUGAAGGUAAACAAAAUUCAUGUGGACACAGUGAGAAACAAAAAGUGGCUUCAAAGGGUACAACAAAACCAGGAAAGGGUACAACAGAACCAGCAAAACUAAAAGGUGACUCAAAGUGUGCUCAAGUUAGCAGCAAAGCAAAACAGUCACAAAUACCAAAACCUGUUCAAAUUCAGAAUCAGAACAAAAUCUUGAGUAACCUGAAAAGAGCCAGUUCUAUGUCUUCCCUUCCAAACUUGGCUAAAAUUGAAGGCCUGCCUACUCCCAAACCUCCAACAUCACCUAAAACUAAGAAUCAGUUGAGAAGAGCUCGACUUGGAAUGUCAGGACAGUUUUCUAUUUCACAGCCAGAUCUUAGGGACAUUGACAAUUCAGACUCUGAAACAUCCAUGUCAUCACAUUCGCAAGUGGAAGAAAAUACUAUUCAGACAAAACAUAAACUACUGAUGUCCGUACAGCACAGUGUGUCUAAUCCAGAUCUAGUUAGCGCUGGUUUGUCACCAGAUAGAAGUCCAUCUGCUCAAGAGCAGAAGGGCAAACUGUCACCCUCCAAAAAAUUGACAAGUUCCACAAGUGUUCCAAAUCUAACUUCGGUGGGUAGGCCCAAGAAAAAAAAGUUUAGAGAUACAGAGGAAGCUGCUGCCCAGAAAGCCAAACAAAAUCUGCAUAAAAGUGAUCAAGAUGCAAAACCAAAAGCUUCCUUAAUACCAGUUAGUAUGCCUCCUAAUAUAGAUUUAGAAAACAAGGAAGAAAGACUUGAUGCACUUUCAGAUUUCACAUCCUUAGAGAACUGCAAUUCUCUCCCUCAUGAAUUUGCAGGAAUGCCUCUGUCUUCUAUAAGACAACAGCAGAUAAGUCAUGUGCUUGCCAAGUUAUCACAAUGUCUGAACAUUCAGGAUACAAUUAGUACACUCAAUUCUACAGAGUCCUCUGGAAAUGACACCGCAGAGAUUCGACAACAGGUAACAGAUCAGAUUCUAGCAUCAGCAGGAAUUAAACCAGGAUCAGUACAAGCUCAACAGUUCUUAAAUCAGUACAACAUUGAACAGGCUGCAUCAGAAAAUGUACCAGAUGAAUCAUUUUUAUCAAAUAUUCAGACACCACCUUCAAAUAAUUCGAGUGCAUUCAGUUCUGAGCCAUUCAGUUCCAGCAGUGGAGGAAACAGAACUCAAACAAGUAUAGCAUCUAAUUCCAUAAUGAGCUCAGGAGGGUCUGCUUCAGGUGGACAACAGCAAAGUAGAAGGAUGAGUCCAAAAGGAGGAAAAAGUAAAGUGCAUUUCUCCUCAUUUUUGACAGAGAUAAGCACCAGCGCAAGUCAGUCUUUGGAAGGUAGAAUUUCUGUGAGGAAAAUGGAUAUCACUCCUCAGAGUAGUCCCCGGGUAAGUGUUGAUACUGUUGAUGGAUUACAAACUAUUAAUUCACAAGAAAAUCUGAAACUUAGAAUUGUGCCAAAAAACUCCAAUGACCUGGGGUUAGGCUCUGGGCCUCAGGUCAUUUGUGAUAAGAACUCUGAGGAAACAGAGUCCAUGUUGAGUAGAGUGGCCCUCAGUCCAGAAACUUCCGAGUCCUCACCUGGAACUCCAAAAGAUAUAUUCAGUAUAGGUCUUCCAUUUCAUGGAUAUGGAAAUGAACCUGAACAUAAUUCAUCAGACAAGGAAAAUGAUUUCAAGGGGAAGUUUGUUGGUACUUCUGAAGGAUUCAUACAGACAACUGUGUCUUCACCUUUCCAUAUUGAUACUCGAGACUGUGUGAAAGAAAGUGUGAGAUCAGAUGACGGUUCUCAGUGUAGCACACUCAAAGCUAGUCAAGAUUUACUUAGAAGCAGGGAAUCAGGUGUUGGAAAUUGUAAAUCAUCUGUUUUGGAUGUAAAAAGUGAAAUCCAACUUGCCACAUCUGAGAAGAAUUCAGAGGGCAUUGAUAGCAAUCAGACAGGCCAGCAACAACAAACUGUAUCAUCUUGUGAUAAUGUUUCAUUCCAGCAUUCACUGAUUACACAAAAUAAGAUCAACCCAGUAGAAACCACAUAUCGGAUGCAAACUCAGAGAAUACAAAGUAAAGCAGAAGCAAAGCGAGCUAUUCAGAACCCUCACCCUCUGCAGCACACCUCCCCAGCUGUGGUGCCUGCUGAGUCUCAUGAGUUUGUAUCUAGUGGUGCAAUGCAUAAAGGACCAGCUUCAUGCUCUGCUCAGAGAAAACUUGAUUUGAAUGUUGAAAUGAAUAUGGGAUAUACAGGAUUGCAUGCACAAAAUAUAUCCAUGGAUACCUCCACUGAACAAGAGGGUAAGGCAGAACACAUUCAAAAAUAUCUAUCUCAGGUUCAGAGCCAAAGAGGAGAUUCACCAGUGAAUACAGGAAUACUUUUAGACAUGCCCCCAUUGGGGACUGCUGCAGACAUCACAGCAGCCAUCCAAUCAUUCACAGCAAGUCUGCAAUCACUGGAGAAUAUGUCUGAGGAAGAAUUGCUACAGAUCCAAGCAGAACAUUUUAACAAAAUCCGUCAAUUUUUGAUAGAACAGCAAAGACAACAGUUGGAGGAGCUCUUCGUCAUUCAGAGACGUGAACAACUCGAUCUCCAGAAUGAGAUUACAAGUUACCAGAAUAAUGCGAGGAAACAGGCUGAGUUCAGCAAUACUUCAUACCUCAGCAAUAGUGUUCACCUUUAUCAGCCAAACCUUCAGCUCUCAUCAGAAAACAAUGCAGCUUAUCAUGCAGACCAGCCAUUCAACACUAGCCAUAUUAGUCACUAUGGUAACACAGCAGGAGUAGACAAUUGCCACCACACACAACCAAAGCAGUUUGCCUAUGUAUCUAGUCCCAGUCUAUACGUCAACCCUAAGAACCGUGAUAACAACUCGGACAUUAGUACCUUCAGCAGGGCUACACCUAAACAGUCCCUCCAAUUUGUCAACUACUCAACUCCAUCCCCCAAAACUUUCAAACCUGUUGUUCACUCACCUGUAAAACAGCCAUCUUACUCUGGACACAGUAAAACAGUCAGGAUUCUGAACAGGGCCUAUGAUGAUGAAAUGCAGUCUUGUUUUGACCAUGUAUCAGCUUGUGUAAAAGGUUACUUAACCCGGAGAUUACUGAAGACUGAGAAAGUCCAGGAGAUUAUCAAAACCAUUCAGGACACAAAGCAGUUUGCAUGCAGUUUUCAGUCAGAGACUCCAAUCAAGAGGGGAAUGUUCUCUCAUCAGGACAGUGAUUUGCUAGACAGGAUUAUAGCUCAGCUGCAGGCGGCUUUGCUGGACAUCCAUGAUAUUUUCUUUGAGAUUCCUGUUCAUGAGAGGAUGGCUCUGAUAACACAAUCCAGACAGUUAAUGAAAGAGAAGCAGCUUAGAGGCAGUACCACUGUGAGGACUAGUGAUUCCACUUCUCAACCUAGAAUUAGCUCAGCAACACUAAAGGUCAUUGAGAGGAAACGCAAAGCAAAUGAAGCAGAGGUCGCUGGGAACUUGCGACCCCAAUCUGCUCCAACUGAAACCUCUCUGUCAAGACAAUCCACUGUUCUACCCAAUAACCACUUUAUUGACUUCAGUGAGCCAAUGAGACGUCACUUCCAAUCUCUCUUAUCCAGGGCUCUAAAACCAAUACAAGACCAGUCCACAGCUCUGAAUCCUGCCAGGGAGACCACUAAGCCUCAACUGGGUGUUGUUCUCAGUAAGCCAGUGUCAUUGACUGUUUCAAAGACCAAGAAACCCAUGGCUCUGGGUGGAGUGGGAGAGAGAGAGAGAGAGAGCUACAUAAAUUAUUUUCUUGUUGCAGGAAAAUCAAUAACAGCAAAAUCCUUCACUAGCAAUACUAAAACGAAAGCCACAAUCAAACCAAAAUUUAUUAAGCCUGCUAGUGCUUGGAGGUAACAUACUAGAACUAUUGCCACACCAAUACUGCCCCGAGGCUGAAAGCAGCUUUUAUAUCAUGGAUUGGAAACUCCUGUGCCACGUUGAGCUGAAAGUUUUUAUGCUACUCUUGGGUUCAAAACAAAUACCAUUUGAUGUAUGUGUGAUUCAGCCAAUGAUCCUGAUACUGUGAUCACGAAGCUCUCUUACCUGAAGAAUCUGGAAUUUGAUGAACUAACAUUUGAGCCUAAAAUUCUGAUGAGGAUAUGAAGUCAAGCUAUUGGUUGUGUUCAUAGGGACAGUAUUCGAUGCAGAUUUAUUUGGAUCAAAUUUGAUGUUGAAAGUCAAUUUUGAAAGUUUUGUUCUGACAGCAAAUAUUUUCUUUAUUCCUUUAAUGUUUGUUUACUUUCUUUGAAUAAUUUAUUUCAAUGAUAUUACCCUGGAAUUGGUUUUAUUAGCUUACCUGUGCUGAAAGCUCAAAUAAGCUUUUUUGAUCACCUUUUGUCUGUCUGUAAACUUUUCACAUUUUCAUCUUCUUCUCCAGAACCACUUGGCCAGUUUCAAUCAAACUUUGUACAAAUCAUCCUUGGAUGAAGGGGAUUCAAGUUUGUACAAAUGAAGGGCCAUGCCUCCUUCAAAAGUGAGAUAAUCACAAAUAGGUAAAAAUAGGGUGGGGUCGACAUUUAAAGACCUUCUUAAGAACCACUGAGCCAGAAUUGUUGAAAUUUACAUGAAAGCUUCUUGACAUAGUGCAGAUUCAAGUUGGUUAAAAUCAUGGGGGUAGGAUGACGUCACAAUAGGGGAUCAAAGUUUUUAUGCAAAUAUAUAGGGGAAAUCUUUUUAAAAAUUUCUGAUCAAGAACCACUGGGUCAGUUGAAAUUAACAUGAAAGCUUCCUGAUAUAAAGUAGAUUCCAGUUUGUUCAAAGCAUGGUCCCUGAGAGUAGUGUGGGGCCACAAUAGGAGAUCAAAGUUUUACAUUCUGAUUUAUAGAAAAAAUCUUUAAAAUCUUCUCAAGAAUCACUGCAUGGGCCAGAGAAGUUAACAUUAAAGCUUCCUUGCAUAGGGUAGAUUCAAGUUUAUUCAAAUCAUGGUCCCCUGGGGUAUAGGAAAAAUCUUUAAAAAUAUCUUUUAAAGUAUUUCAGGGAGUGCUUUCACAUUUUGUAUGAAAGGUGAAGAUAACGAACAGUGAUCAAUCUCAUAAGCAAUACAAAAUAGAUAGUUGAGCAAACAUGGACCCCUGGACACACCAGAGGUGGGAUCAGGUGCCUAGGGAAGUAAACAUCCCCUGUCGACCGGUCAUACCUGCAGUGAGCCCUAUAUCUUGAUCAGGUAAACGGAGUUAUCUGUAGUCAAAAUCAGUGUGCCAUGAACAAUCUAACAAUGGGUAUGAAACACAUCAGACAGCAUUUGACCCAAUAAUAGGUUGUAUUGGCAAACUAGAUCGUUAUAACGACCAUAGAAUUUGCAAAAUGCUGACUUUAAACAAGACUGUUGAAACCCCUAUACCAUCAACUUGUUUCUCAGUAGAUUGCCUCUAUUUAAAAACUGACCAUACGCAGAACAAGCUCUUGCGUAUCGAAUCAGUUGAGAGAUAAUAAACACUAUAUGCAGAUGAUAAUGGAAUAUUGCUACAUAAAUAUGGGAAGUUGAUGAAGAAGCUGAUACCACCCCAUUUGUCAUGAAGUGGAAUUGUUAGUUUGGACGACUCUGUGGUGUCUUUUAUUUCGAGCUCACAAGGAUAUAUCGAAUCAAAGUUAUUAUUGUUAAUAGAUAAAACGUCGUCGAUAUAGAUAAAUGUCGAAUUGAAGGCCAUAGCACUCAGGUCAGCUAACAUAGGAACACGAUUCGUGCCCAUGGGAAUCCCAACAAACUGUUGGAAGACCUUAUCACUAAAGACCACAAAGAUAUUGCCAAUGAGGAACUCUAGCAUAUUUUUUAUUUCAACUUCAGAGUACUUCAGAGCAUGGAAUCAGAGUGGUGUUUAACAAAGUAAUUUUAACUGAUCACCAGAUAUGAAUAUGUCCGUUUUCCAUUUUUGUUGAAGAAAUAACUGUCUACAGUACAGGGAAAACGUUUACACCACGGCGAGUUACCUGUAUUUUCACAUGUUGAUUGAUGUUUUCAGCCACACUCAACAAUUUUUCAGUUAUCUGGUGGCGCCCAGUUUUUAUUGGUGGAAGAGAGAACCCAGAUGCAAUGUACCUGGGAAGAGACCACCGACCUUCCGAAAGUAAACUGGGAAACUUUCUCACUUACCGGCGCGAGCGGGAUUCGAACCCGAGCCGACAGAGGUGAAAGGCCAUGUGAUUUUGAGCGCGAUGCUCUAACCACUCGGCCACGGAGGCCCCCCAUGUAGAAUGAAUAUUAAACAUGUAAAAUGAAUUUUAAAUAGUAGAAUUUAAAUCUGAUAUGUUUGUGAAUUAAUUUUCGCAAUAUUUUAGAACACGUACGUGUGUUAGCUGAAUAAUUGACAACUUAAAAAAACAAACCCCGGAUUUUAUAUAGCAUGAAGUAUGUCUCCUAUGUAAUAAUGUUUAUUUUUAUACUUUCAUGUAAAAUAUUUGAAUCUGAUUGGUCGAGAAGCAUUUGAAAAAACAUAUUGUUACCCUCUGAGAACAGAAAGCACGCGCCCCAGGGUGAUAAUAUGUAGCAACGGGUAACAGUACUUGACAACGGGUGAUAUUAUGAAAGAUUAUCACAUGCGUCAAAUUUAUGCGCGUACGGUUCGCCGUAGAUUGUUAGACGACAUCAUUUGAGCGUUUGUAAUAAACGGGAAUACUCGCAUCGAUUGAUUGAUCAAAUGUCAACAGACGCAAGUUUUCUCCUUUCCUGUUUACAUAACAUUUAGUAUAAUAAAACAAAUAUUGCAUGUAGUUGAGGGUAACAUUGAAAUUUUCACCCCUCGAGAAACUAUUGUCAACCUCGGCUACGCCUCGGUUGACAAUGGUUUUCUCGGGGUGAAAAUUUUCAAUGUUGCCCUCAACUACAUGCAAUAUUUAUAUAUACUAUUAUCUGUCAUUUUUAAUGGGUUGAAAUUAAUAAAAUAACAUCAAUUCUAAGUUUAUUUGGGGCAUAAAAUAUAAGUUCUAAUAAAAGUAACAAUAAAUGAAAAUAUCUUGUCAUUCAUUUCUCUGAGAAUUGAAAAAAAGUAUUACUUCUUUUUAUCGUAUUUUUAAAAUCUAAAUAAGAAACCGACCAUUAUCUACCUAAAAAAAAAACACUCUCUUUAAAUCCACCACUGCUCUCUCUCUCUCUCUCUCUCUCUCUCUCUCUCUCUCUCUCUCUCUCUCUCUCUCCGGGUUUUUAUGAAUAUUUCGGAUUAUACUGUGUGGUAGGGGGCGGACAAGAAGGCUUUAGUUUACAACUGUCUAAGAUUCUUGACAAGCACAAGCAACAUUGGCGGAUAUAGACCUUACUGUGGGGGUGUUUUGAGACCCGAAGGAGGAGGGGGUUAACCCCCUCCUAUGGGGGGUCCGGGGGCUUCCCCCGGGAACAUUUUAAAAAGAUUGAUUUAAAAUGGUGCAUUUUCGACUGAAAAUCUUGUUCCUCCCCUGGGAAAAUUUUAAAGUGAUUGAAUUAAAAUGGUGCAUUUUCGACUGAAAUUCUUGUUCCCUGGAAGAUUUUUAAAAAGAUAGAUUUAACAUGGUGCAUUUUUGACUGAAAUUCUUGUUCUUUCUUCCUUUCUUUUAUAGGUUCGGGUGUGGUAAAAAAAAAAAAAAAGAAAAGAAAGAAGAGCGGGGGGGGGGGGGGGGGGGGGGUCCGAACUCCCCCCCCCCCCCCUAAAUCAGCCAUUGAGCAAUAACAAACAUAACAUUUUAAAAUUUGACUGAUGUUCAAAGUCCUAAAUUGUGCAGGGGUUGGGUGCAACUCAUAAAACUUUAAAAGAAAUUUGUCCAAACAUUGAUUUCGAAUUUGUUUUAAUACAUUCUAGUUGUAUAAUUCAUUCUCUUCGUUGAGAAACGCACAUUUUUGGUGGUAAAUGUAUUUCAAGUCUCUGUUAAGAUCACUCCUUGCUCUUUUAUAGUUGCGUAAUGCUUCCUAUCAAUCCGUGCGCCCGUGUUUUGAUUUCAAAUACACAGACUUGAUUCUCUCGUUUCGAAGGGAUAUAGCCUGUUUGCAAAUACUGCCCCUGAGAUAGGAGAUUCUCUCUCUCUCUCUCUCUCUCUCUCUCUCUCUCUCUCAGACACUCAGGGCUUCUAAGAAUAUUUUGAAUUAUAUGCAAGAUAGAUUUAAAUUUUGACAUAAUCAAAAUUCUCGUAAUUUCAUGUUAUUGAUUUAUUUCUACAAGAGAUCAAACACUACGCUCUCGCUCCAGUGCACGGUAAAUAUUAUGUUUGGUAUACAUGUGCUCUCUGUCUGCCAUAAUGAUACAGGCUAUCGAGAGAUAACUCACAUUAGCCCAUUGUAGUAAUAAUGACAAGACAUGUAGUAUAUUAUUUUCAUUUUCCAUAAUUUGAUAUUAAUAAAGCUGAGUACAUGUGC